AUGUCUCGAGGCGGCACCGCGCUCGGCCUCAAGACGCUCCAGUGGCUGAUCCGCUCCGUCCAGCUGCUCUGCUCCGUCAUCAUCCUCGGCAUCUACUCGUACCUGCUCGCCGCCCUCUCCAACCACAACCUGCCGACGCCCACCAAGGUCCGCGCCGUCGAGGGCAUCGUCGGCGUCGCCGCCGCCUACGCCCUGCUCGGCCUGCUGCUGCUCUGCUGCCUCGCCGGCCGCACCCUCACCUCCUUCGCCGCCAUGUGCCUCGACUUUGCCUUCCUCUGCGCCUACAUCUUCGUCGCCGUUGCUAACAAGGACGGCGCCGGCAGCUGCACCGGCGAGGUCACCACCGUCUUCGGCAAGGGCAAGGCCGGCGACACGCUCGACGCCGGCGGCGGCUUCACCAAGAUCCCGAGCUACCGGAGCGCGUGCAAGCUCGAGACGGCCUGCCUGGCCAUUGCCAUCAUUGCCAUCUUCUUCUACAUCUUCUCCAUCUUUAUCGAGCUCGCCCUCGGCCGUAACCACCAGCGCGAGAAGCGCCUCGCCAACUCGCCACCCCCGCCGAUGCAGAUGCCGUACGCCCAGGGGCCCUACGACAACUACCAGCCCGGCCCUGACCAGCCCGAGUCUCCUCGUCGCCGCGGCUUCCUCGGCCGCAUCUUCGGCCGCGACCGCGGACAGCAGCCCCUUCCCCAGCACGACCCCAACAACCUGCCCCAGCACGCCCAGCCCAUCGACGUCGCCGCCGCCGCCAACCGCGACUCGCAGGCCACCGCCAUCGGUCACGAGCACGACCACAACAAGUACGAGACCGGCUACGACGGCGCGGAGGGCGCCGCUGCACAAAACAGCCCCAUGGCCACCGGCCACACCGCGCCGACGACGUACACGUACACCAGUGCCGGCGACCCGUACGCGCAUGCCGGCGAUCCAUACGCGCAUGCCGGCGAGUCAUACGCGCAUGCCGGUGAUCGCUUCGGCCACGCGGGUGACGACUACCUCCAGUACCGCCCCGCUGCUGGCAGCGCCGAAGCACACAGUCCUACACCGGCACCGGCGGCGGCGACGGCACUGCCGUAUCCCGCGGACGACCCGUACGAGCCGCGCCGCGCGGAGCGGCCGAGUCACCAGAUGUCGGCCCCACGGUAUCCGGCCCCGAGCUACCGUUACGACGACGGCAUCUAUGACCGCCCGUAA